AUGUCUUGCACACGAAAUUUGAUUACGAUGGCAGCCCGGCCCAGCCUCCGCACGAUGCAGCCCGCUUCGAUACGACGAAUCUCUUCUGGAUCGCGUGGACCCCUUGAUAAGCCGGCUGAAUCGAGCACAUCACCAAAAAUGCCGGGAUGGCGGAUAGCCGCAAUGGUUGGAGUCGGAGUAGCGGCGUUUUACGCCAUGUUCCUCGCCAAGCCUGACGCUGUUGCCCAGUCUUCAGUUCCUACGACUCAGACCAAGAACCCGGCCGCGUCUCGUGGGAAUUAA